AUGCCUCCCUACGAGAGAUCCAUGGAAAUUAUGCCUUUCAAACAAAGAAAGUGCCUGGCAACAAGAAAAGAUGAAGUCUGCACUAUUCGGUCAAAGUUCCCCAACAAACUGCCGGUAAUCGUUGAAAGAUACAUUCGGGAGAAGAAGCUUCCCCUGCUGGACAAAACCAAAUUUCUUGUCCCAUUCGAGCUUACAUUAGGACAGUUCCUCAGUCUGCUCAGAAGUAAGAUAGCACUGGAGGCAUCUCAAGCCCUGUACCUACUGAUCUCAAGAAAGAAUAUGUCCUGUUUGUCAGCCAACAUGGGAGAGGUUUACUCACAGUACAGAGAUCCUGAUGGCUUUCUCUACAUAACAUAUACUUCCCAGGACAUGUUUGGGUGA